CGAAUAUGUCUUCAUGCAGGCAUUGGCUUUUCCCAGCUUGGAAGGCGAUGAAGAGGAUGUUAGCUGCGGUCUGAUAAAAGGACAAUUGCUGCCGGGCCUAAGGUCCUUCUGCAGUGCUCUGCGUGUUUGUGAGCAAGUGUGCGAUCAUGUGAAUAUAUUCGACGAUAAAUGUGAUAUGUUUGAGAAGAUCGAACACGUUGAGGAGGUCAAGGAUAUGGCAAAGAAUCAGGAGUUUUGUGGGCAGCUGGAAGAGCGUGUAAAUAACUGGAUAAAGGGUAUCAUGAAGAUACUAGGUGAAAGUGAACAGUUACGCAAGGAGAAUGACUCGAGCGGCCCGCAGGAUGAGUUGGAGUACUGGAAGAAGCGUGGUGCGUUAUUUUCGCAACUGUUGGCACAUUUGCAGGACCGUGAGGUGCAAUAUACGUUGCACUGCCUCUUUUUGGCUGGAUCGCGGGUUAUGCGCGUGUGGAAAGAGACCGAUCGAAAGAUAACAUUUUGCUAUAAUGAAGCGCGUGAUAAUUCGAAAUUCAUUCAGGCUAUGGAAACUUGCUGCCACUCUUUGUAUUUGGACGAUCCGGUAUGCAUGAAACAAUCGAUACUCAGCUUACUCCAAACUGUGCGACUCAUCUACAGCGUUUCUCAAUUUUACAACACUUCCGAGAGAACCUCAUCACUUAUGGUUAAGGUUCGUGUUUUAUAUUUUAUUUUCAUUGAAAAUUAACUAGUACUGUAAUUAAUCUAUUGGAA